AUAACCUCUCCUUGUAUUACACGUACACGUUCCAUGAAAUAAAUAAGUGAAUAAUUUGUUAAAACUUUUUUUAGUGUUAAUCAGUUAAUACUUUCAUAUUCUUCCGUAGCACCGAGACUAGCCCUGUACUUCUCUGCUGUUCGUUUCAGAACCUACUUUUCAGUAAGAGACCAUGUCCGUGUUUUCAGUCGUGAAUCAAGUUGUUUGACUUCAGUCUCAUGUGUAUCCUCGCGAUUCCUUUAAUUUCUACGUGAUAGCUCAUAAAACAUUUUUCCCGACAGUUUUCAACGAAAAUCUCGGAAUUAAAAAUGAUGUCUACAUCUCAGGUUUUAAAAGCAACUAGGCUCUUGAGAUGGAGUGACGCAGGGAUCAGAAGUGUGCAGACCUCUUGUGUGGAUUACAGAAAACAAGCUGGAAGACACUUCCCCACUCGUUACAGGACAAAACCACUGACCUACGAAAUGGCACACAAACCUCACCAAAUAGCUCAUCACAAAGGAUGGAACAGUUGGAAUACAACUAAUUUGGGUGGUGAUAGAGAUCAGGUCUGGUCUGGUGAGACAGCUGCUGAGGACCAAUUCAUCAGACAAUUCAUUACAGGAACCUGGCACAACAUGUUUGCCUCUGAAGUCAUCAUCAAAAGACAGCAUAAUAUCAUUCGUAUUGCUGGUAUAAUUUCUCGCAUGAUAAAUCCAACAAAAAUGUAUUUUCUCAUUGGUUAUUCUGAAGAAAUACUGAGCUAUUGGCUUCAGUGUCCUGUAAAAUUAGAGUUACAAACGAUAAAUGAUAAGUCAGAAGUUAUUUAUAAAUAUAUUUAAAAAAAUUUGUUUUAGUCAUAA